AUGUGCGUCUUCGAGUGGAAACUUGCAUUUCUGGUCGUGUUUGGUGGUUUACUGCAGCAGUCUCUUUCAGCUUUCAGUUGGCCCGUCGAAACCAAGCCAUCCACGGUAGUCGGCGAAAGAUUGAUGAAGUACGCUUCCAAGGGUAGUAGCAACUAUAACGGAUAUCCGCACGAGUACGGAUUUGGGCACUACUAUCAGGGGGACAUCAUUGUGCCGCCGCGACCACUGGAUCGUGUUGCGCCGAGUGAACAGUUUCUAGGACUGAAGUGGCCGGAUGGCAUUGUACCGUACGUCGUCGAGGCCAAUUUCACCAACAAGGAGAGACAGAAACUGCAAGACGCCUUCAAGCAGUUCGCGGAUAACACCUGCAUCCAGUUUGUUCCUCGCUUGGACGAGUUGCAUUUCGUGACGAUCACGAAUCGAGCUGAGGGUUGCUACUCCGGUGUUGGUCGCAUCCCGAUGAAUAAUUUCAACAACAUCAACCUCCAGACACCGGCAUGUAUGCAGUCGGUCGGUACGCCCGUGCACGAGAUGAUGCACGCGUUGGGUUUCUUUCACGAGGUCAGUCGCCCGGAUCGUGAUGAGUUUGUGACGUUGAACACGACAAACUUGCGUCCAGAGUAUCAAGAUCCAGCCUUUAUUGAAAUUAAUUUCGGCAAGUUAGAUGCCAGCAUCGUUACAACUUAUGGGGCGCCGUACAACUACGGCAGUGUGAUGCACUAUUCCCGGUUUGCUGGCUCGAUUGGGCUAUGCUGUCCCGUGCUCGAUAACAUCAAGCCGUACAUGGGCGAUUUUGGUAGCGAAGGCGGUUUGACGCCGCUCGACAUUCAGCAGGUAAAUGCACGGUACUGCAAUGAAUAA